AUGUGGGGUAAAAGCAUACAUAACUUACAAGCAAGUCUCAAGAUUGAGCAGUAUUGUAAAAAUCACAAGUUACCUCACAAAGCCAUACUAUUCUACAACUUUCACACCAGCCAGCGAGUAAUCUCUGACUGGGGAUCACAUGGGGAGGGAAUCAUGAUUUUCCUCAUGAAUAGCAUAGAUGACCGUCUUUUACAUGUCCUGUAUGCUGAUCUUUCUUUAGGCAGUUUUUUCACUGACCCAGAUUUGAAAACAAAUUUAUUCAGGGCUUUCUGGAUCAGGUUUUCACUGAUCCGGAUGGGUGAAAAAUGUUCUAGGGUUUCCCUUUCGCAAACUGAACUAGAUAGCCCCCCUGUCGAAACAAAGUGCUUUUGGACUCUCAACCUCUCGGCCUUGUCAACAGCAGAUGGUGCUUGGGUACUGGGGAAUGUUGAGGGUGCUCUCCAGUUGUUCUCUCUCUGCAUCUUGAUGCUUGCAAAGGGGAUGCUUCAAAUGUUCCCUAUCAUUCUGAAAUCGCUUCAAACACUCUAG